UCUCACUUUCUUAUUGCAUACGAAACGUUACGUGGACGGACAGUCAAGUUGUAGAAAAACAUUAUAAAGUUAGUUUUAAGAGAAACCUCAAACAAAAUACUUCAAAAUGGUCACAAAAUACUUACUAACCGUCCUCGCGCUAGCCGUCGGCACAUCCUUCGCACAAAGCUGUCAGAACCCACAAGUGGAAGCGGCAUCAUUCACAAGCCUCGACGCUACCGUGGUCACUCAAAUAGCGUAUAUUACUGAAUUUACUCUCAAAUGUGAUAACCAGCUCCCUGAAAACUACGCCUUAUACGCUGAAGUCGAAGGUAAAUCUCUGUCUGCGGCGCGCGUCGGUGACAAUAAAUAUCAGGUAUCCUGGACGGAAGAGCCUUCAAAGGCCCGUUCUGGUGUCCACGAGAUCCACAUCCUCGAUGAGGAGGGCUGGGCAUCUCUUCGCCGCGCUCGUCGCAGUGACCCCGCCGCUACCGUCGCUCCUCUUCUGGCGAUCCAACUACAGCAUCCCGGAAGCUACUCCGGUCCGUGGAUCAACUCCGAAGUGCUCGCCACUCUCCUCUCCAUCGUCAUAGCGUACACCGCACUCAAGAACAAAAGCAUGAUCGUAGCUUAGCUUAAAUAUUUAUGUUAUCUUUAUUAAAUUAAAUUUUUUAUUAUAAA